AAGUAAAUAUUUGAAAAAAGAAAAGGGCGAUAUCAAAUUCUUCCCCAUCUUCUUAGUCUCGCGCCAUCAAGUUUAGGGUCUCUCUAAUCUCUCUCUCACCCUCUCUCUCUAUAUAUACAUUGCUUCGUGGGUUAUUUCUCUUCUUCAAAUUCGAAGCACCACUCGAGUUAGUAGUUGGACACAAUCAAGUCUACUGAUAUACAAUUGAACGGGUUUACUUUUAAGUUGAUGGGAACCGGUGAGAACGACUCAGCUUCUGUCCCGUCGAUGACUGAUAAAGGCACAGAAUCUUGGAAGCCUUUAGAGAAACUUAUUCCCAAUCAGGUAAAUCGUGAAACUGCGCCUGUCUUGUACGAGUAUCCUUUUUUCCCACCUAUUGCUGCCCCUCUGGCAAAUCCUAUCUCGUUUUUUCCUUCAAUCUCUGCUCCUCAAGCAAAUGGAAAUCAGAGUGCUGCUACCUCAGGCUACCCUCAUAUAUUUCUAAGUCAUAUGAAUUCGGUUGAGGAUUGUGUACCCACAACCAUCUCUCUUGGGAAGGAGGGCAAGAGCAAUGAGAGCAGGGAAACUUUGAACAAGAGGCCAGAAGGAAGUGUGAAGAUAUUUCAAGCCUCUGAAUUCCAAAACACGCUAUCAAGUGGACAUCGUCAAUCAUCAGACGAAUAUGAAGAAAAAAAUCAGGCUAAGAUGCAACAAUUUUUGUUUUUUGAAAAAAAACAAGAAUCUGAUGCUGGUCAAAAGCAUAUGCCAAAUUGUGUGGUUUCAAAAGGAUUAGACACUGAGAAGAUAUAUACGAGUCAAGAAGCAUCACAUGGACAUACUUUAAUUUCUGAAUCCAGCUUACAUGUGAUAAACUCAGAAACAUCAUCUGUCUUACCGGAGUCCAUGGUCGUAAGAAAUACCGUGGCAAGUAUCUUUCCGGUUUUAGAAGGUGAAUGUAUCACAGAUGUCCCGAUGCAGGAUGAAAAGGAACUAGAAAAAAUCAGGAAAAGACGUGCCAAUACUUUAGCUGCUAGGAGGCGUAGAAUUCGCCAAAAGCAGGAGUGUGAAAAGCUACAAGCACUUGCUGAUGAAUUAAGCAGUGAAACUUCAGAACUUAAAGAGACCCUGAACAAUUAUUCCAAAGAGUGUAUCAGGAUACGUAGAGAAAACAAGGCCUUGUUGGAAGAGAUUAAGGAGAUGUGCCGUCCAGAUGAAUUUGCCAAUAUUGAAGCUCAAAAUCCAGACAGGGAGGAUAAUAUUCCAAGUGAAUCCUCGUCUUCGGAUAAGUGUGUGGAUACAGGUUCAGAUAUAGAAGAAGCUGGUUCAUAUUAGUUAUAUAAUUUUAAAUUGUUGUCAUCAACUUUGUACAAAACGUUUUGUUACCAUUAAGUUUCUUAGUAUUGUGCAGACAGUUGAACAUAUAUCCCUUCAUAUAUGCAGCAUUACAAGUUGUUGACUUCAUCCA